AGCAUUUCCACAAUAAAAAUAAAAGGAAAAGCAAGGCCUAUCGCUUCAUCGAUUGGGAAGCAAAUAACUUCGGUGGGAAUAAUCUCGGGGGCAGUCGCGGAGCAACAAGGCGACUGAGAAUCAGAAACACAAUAAUCAGAUGUACUUUGAAAAUGGAUGGUUCAUUUAUGAGUGGUCGCGUCGAAAGGGGAAUUCCUUUCCCUCAAAACGGGUGUCAUGGCUACAACGCGAAAAUCGUCGGCGCAUUGCCCCUAUGGCUGUUCGAUCGUGGACUUCGCUACUUCAGCGUCCGAAAUCAGCCAGUGGCCGAACGGAAGCAGGUGCGUAGACAGUGCAUAGCAAGGUACGGCCCCCUACAGAAAAAGAAGCCAAGAAGGUGUGGAGUCGAACGAACGAACGAACGGGAAAAGGGCAGAGCGAGAUCAACUUCAUUUUCUAAGAUGGAACAGCAACUACUGCGGGCGACAAUAUUGGGGGUAGUUGCCAUUGCAUUCGUGUGUGCGCAUAUAACUUAUAUCGAAGUACGUCUGCCGCUCGAGGGUACCCCCUCACCGCCCGGUUCUCCAUGGCCUAUGCCGCAAACUUACAAACCUGAACCUAAACAGUUACAAAUUAAUCCAGACACAUUUGAUAUUCGUUCGGACGAAAUCUGCUGUGAUGUCAUCGAGAAGGCGAUCAAAAGAUAUAAGAAGGUAAUUUUCCCUUUGAAGCAGUCACCUAAACCAGGGAACUUGCCAAGGCUGAAGGUGCUACACGUUGAGGUCACUGAGUUUAGGAAUACAGCCGAAGACUGUGGUUACCCCCGCCACGAAAGCAACGAAAACUACACGUUAGCCGUCAGUGAGAGCACCGGUGUGGCCAUUCUGAAGUCAGCCACUGUGUGGGGAGCCUUACGUGGGCUCGAGACGUUCUCACAACUCGUCUACAUCGAGGACCAAACCAACAGGUAUCUGAUUAACGCAACAAUAAUUGAGGACUGGCCUCGCUUUAAGUUUCGAGGAAUCUUGCUUGAUACGUCGAGACACUUCCAACCAGUUAAGAUUAUCAAACAAAAUAUGGAUGCAAUGGCAAUGUCGAAAUUUAAUGUGUUCCACUGGCAUCUUGUCGAUGAUCAGGCGUGGCCUUAUGAGAUGAGGGUCUUUCCUAACCUCACCCAAGCUGCGUACCAUCCGAGUCAAGUAUAUUCUCAGCAGGACAUUAGAGAUCUGAUCGAAUACGCUCGUGAAAGAGGCAUCAGGAUUAUUCCUGAGAUUGAUACACCAGGUCACACUCAGGCCAUUGGAAAGAUCUUCCCAGCGCUUCUAACCCCCUGCUACGGUAAUGGAGGUCGUGGAACACCUCGCUAUCCAGAUUUUGCAGCUUAUGAAAUGCUCAAUCCCACGCAGGAAUACACUUACAACGUUCUUCGCGAGAUCUUUAAUGAAACUUUUAAUACCUUCCCUGAUGAAUAUCUCCAUCUUGGCAUGGAUGAAGUUUACUACAAGUGCUGGGAGUCGAGCCCUGAAAUUGCUGAGUUCAUGAAACAACAUAAUUUUAAGGAAGUGUCACAGGUGGAACAGCAUUAUGUCAGGACAACCCUACAUAAUGUCAGGAAACUCGGUGCUAAGUACAUGAUCUGGCAGGACCCCAUAGACAAUGGGGUGGAGGCGGCGUCGGAUACUCUGAUCGGCCUCUGGAAGGAUGUCAGUCUGGACUCGAAGCUACGUCCAUGGAGACAUUACAUGAAAGACAUGGUCAAACACGGCUAUCAAAUUGUGCUCUCAGCACCCUGGUAUCUCAACUAUAUCAGUUACGGACAAGAUUGGCAGAAGUACUACGAAGUAGAACCCAGCGAUUUCGAAGGUACUGAAGCCGAAAAAAACCUACUUACCGGUGGUGAAGCCUGCAUGUGGACCGAAUACGUUGACGCAACGAAUUUGAUCUCACGCCUAUGGCCCCGCGCGAGUGCCGUAGGUGAGAGACUCUGGUCGGCAGCUUCAGUGAACAAAACAAAAGAUGCGGCUUUUCGUCUUGACGAACUACGCUGUCGAAUGAUUCGUCGAGGAAUUCCAGCGGCUCCAAUCCUUAACGGCUAUUGCGGAGCGUACGACUGGGACGUGAACAGAGUGUCGUAGAAUAGAGAGCCAGUAUCACGUCAUAGGUAUGAACGUUUAAUGCAGCUGUUCAUGAUGAAACAAGUCAGUGAACACAAGGACUCAUCGGCAUGCACACAGAGAUCAAAAUACCCAGUUUCUUGUGAUUUCAUUCGGGAGUACUCAGGCCAGAAACGCAUACGCCGUAUAUAAAUGUUACCUAAAGUCGAGUUCAGAAAGGCAUGACAGCAAAUGUUGCUUUUCCACUAAUUUAAUCGUGACAAUGUAUAAUAAGGAUUUUGUACGAUGAGCCACACUGUUAAGAGAAAUUAUUUCAUUAAUUAUUGUAUACUUGUAUAGCUGUCAAUCUUCUUUUGGUUUUUUUUUUUUGCAUUUUGUCUAUUUUCACUUCCGUUUAUAUACGUAACUGUGCUUGAUGAACGUAAACAGAAAUGGUGGUAGGGUGGAUAGUAAAGCCUUUUUUGUAGUGAAAAACCCUGGCCUGCUCAGGCCCUUUGAAACAAUGUAUUUUUCUCGAACAUAAAUAAACAAAGACUGCUAUAUAUCUCCUUUAGUGGCUUUUUCAUUUAUUAUCAAAUAAUAGUUCGCAGUAUUUUACAUGUCAUCAAUUUUAACCAUUUGUAUACAAAGCAUAAUACAGUAAAACGUCGCGUAGUUAUUAUCAUAUCUUCAAUAGGUAUCUAUGGGCCGUUGUUUUAGUAUAUAUUUCCUAUUACAGAUUUUAUCGACACUAUUGUUAAUAAUAAUAAUAAUGAAAGUGAACGCCGCCAUGCCAUUUUCUCCAGUCCCUUAGAUGCUUUUCUUCCUUGGGACCUUGCCCAACCCAUUUUGUCCUCACAAGGUAAACGAAGGAUCAUUAUUUCGUAAUCUGCCUACAGAGAGCCGUCCGCGAAAGCACAUGAAUAAGUUAGUGAGGCUAACAUAUCGCCGGAUGGCAGAGACUUGAAAAAAUAAGACUUUAUAGUGCCUUCAUUCGUCCUGUACCGCAAUUAUAGAAAAAAAAAAAAAAAAAA